AUGUUCAGCUCUUUAUCCUCCGCGGCGUCCUCGGCGGCGUCCUGGGCGAUGGGUUCUUCCACGACGAAUCCCAACGAUGCGAACACGACCGAGGGGGGCGAAAGCACGGAACGAGUCGAUCCGACGAAACUGUUCCACGAGUUUCCGCACCCUCAAGAUUGGCACGAACGAGUGAGAGAGGUUUUAGAAAACUUGAAAAAGACAAACACGGAAGUUCCUUCGAAGAUGUGCCCCUUAGGGGACGUGGAAGCGACGUGCCGAAGAUUUCUCGUCGCAAGACGGUACAACGUGGAAGCGGCGGAGUUGAUGAUGCGAAAAGCGAUCGAGUUUAGAAAUUCGGUGCGCAUCGGCGACGCGGUAGGCGUGGAGAACAUAUUAAAAGCAGCGCCUCGGUGGGAUUUGUUAGAGUUGUCGAGGAAAAUAUUACCCAACACGCCGUUUCACUGUUACACGAAACAAGGGUAUCCGGUGUAUUUGUUGAGGAUUGGCAAAGGAGAUUCGAGUUUAGCGUUGGAGGUUUCGGACGAGGUUCACGUGUAUUCGACGAUCAUAAGAGGGGAGCAUUUGAUGCGGUCGAUUAUCCCGGAGGCGACGGAAAAUGCGAAGAAAUUAGUGGAAGGGAAGACGAAGGAGGAGAUUAAGGAGGAUUUCUGCGCCGUGAAUCAAGAUACGAAAUCGCAGAUGGUGGAUAAACAAGUGGUGUUGUUGGAUUUGAAAGACGUCGGUUUGAGCGCGAUGAAGUGUUUGUACGUGUUUAAGAUUGUGAAUUCAACCGCGUCGCAUAACUAUCCGGAGUUGAGUAAAGCGAUUUACGUUUUGAACGCGCCGACGGCGUUUGAUUAUUUGUACGCGGCGGUGAAACCGUUUUUGGCGGUGCACACGCAACACAAGGUGAAGGUGUUUUCGGAUCCAAAGUUGCAGUACGAAGCGUUGCAGAAAUUGUUGAAGGAUGAGGAUAUUCCGGACUUUUUGGUGCCGAGCGAAGAUGUGGUGCCAGGGAGGCACAAUGGCUUUACGGACGGAACAGUCACGAAUCAGAUGGGGGAUGGGUACAUGCCGGAAACGGUGAAGAAGCAAAACGAAUGGAUCAACGCGCAAGCGAUCAGUACGUACGCGGCGGCGACCAGUCCCAAAGCCGGCGACGCGAAGAAGAGUCCAUUUAAAGAAGAUAGCGGAGAUGGUGGCGACGCCUUAGGUGGCACGAUUGAGAAAAUCAACAUCAUGAAUUUAGCUGACGAGCAACCACCGAAAGAGUAA